UGUAAAAGCUUCCCACAGUUGAUAGGACAUGCGAUUGUGUACGUAUGACACAAUCGUGCCGGUGUUUAACCUCCGACUAAUAACAGGGCAAUUCGUCUUCUGGCCUUUUAAUGUGCCGUACAUUCCGGCGCAGAUGAUAACAGAACACAUGUAAGCCGAUAACUUUUUUACAGUCUUGACAAGUUUAGGGCGCAGUUAACGGUCCUUUCUUGAGAUCGCGCCCUUAACAGGUAUUGCAUUAUACUCCCAUCUAUCAUAUUGGCCCUGCUGCCAUUUCUAAGAGACGAGCGAACAAUCGAAUGUUUCUGGUGCGAGCUCGAGAUUUUCAUGUUUGCGCAAAAUUCAAUACCUACAUCUUUUUCAAUUAUUCCUUGAAAAUGACUGCUCGGACGUUGUGUUUGUUCGAAAAUUCGAAGGAGAACAAUAAGACAUUCAAUUCUAUGAUAGACUGUACGGUUCACGAUUUGAUCGAACUUCCCAGAACCUGGAGUACCAAUCUACCCAGAAGACACUGGCAAAUCAGAACAAAUCAUGCAAAGAUUCUUUUCCCUGAAUCGAUGCCAAAUAUGGUCUUAUCUACCAGAGAGGCUCGUUUCUAUUGGUACUUGUACUCGUCGAUGUCGAAGCAUCAGCUCUCUUAUCAAAGGACCCUGAACUCCGUCUUUUUGAAGGCACUAAACAAAAUAUUACGGAAGAGAAUAUUAUUCUCAGAAAUAACGAUCUCAAGAGAACUGUUACGAGCCGACGCCUUCGACGAAUCGAGCAGAAGGUUCAUGAUAAAUCAGCUAGAAAGCCAGCAGACCAAUUUGAAAUCUUUGUGUCUGGAGGAUCUGAGACUUAAAAGAAUCGAGGGAGUCCGACUGCUAUUGUCGCUUGUAAAUUCGAGUAAAACUAUGAGAAGUUUAUAUUGCUGGAAAAUCUUCGAGACGAACGUCGGUCCCUUGCGCAUUGCGAGUACGCAUCCUUCGGGCUCGAAAACCUGCAGAGAUAUUAUUGGGGGGAAGUCAAAUUGGUUCAAAGCGAUAAGCUCCUUCGAGAAACUGACCACCCUGUCGUUGAACUACGCCUACCUGGCUACGCCGACCGGAGACUUGCUUAUCGGUUUGGCAAAAAAACUUGGCUCGCAAUGGCAGUGGUUGCAAUUACUCUGUCCCGAGGAUGAAAUUCCGGUAAUGGCUGAUCCUAACGAGAUUGUGAGGGUAUCCGCAAUGCCUGAUGUCGCUUGGAGAGAAACUCGACUCUGGGCUCCCGCUCUUAAAGUUCAAUACGUUUUCAUUGACAUUCCGAAAUAUGAUAUGCACAAGAGAUUUUACACUGAAGCUACACCGAUCCAUACGUUUGCUUUAAGUACGGGUACCAUUAUAUGUUCCAAGCAACCUUGGCAUUUGGAUUGUACGAUAAAAACCAUUUGCAAGUGGUACCCUAAAACUUUGGUUCAUUUGUACCUGCAAUUAUGGCAUCAUCGAGAAAGAUUGGACACUCAACUAAAGAAAUUGUUUCCUAGCUUACCACGAAUGGAAAUUUUCGAAUUUGUCGGUGAAAUUCAAACUCUCAGAACCCUCUGCGCGAUGUGCUGUCAGAUACGUGAAAAGAAAUGCAGUAAGUUUUAUUUUUAUUAGUAAAUUACAAUUGAUCCAGCCAGUUACUGCGAGCAGAAGCCUUAAAAUGAUAUUCCCUUGCAAAUAUGUUAUAUUAGGCGUGAAUCGCGUGAGUAUACAAUUGCAAGAAGCCAUAGGUGUAAAAGUGGACCAAGAAAAGUGGGAAAAGAGCAUUGAAUGUCUUUUAUGCUGCUUCAGAGAAGAUUUCGUUCGGAUGAACGUACGGUUUGAGGUUAGCCGUUAUCCUUGCUAAUGUAUUAAAAAAAAAAAAAAUUAUAAUUGGAAGGAGCUAGAACGA